AUGCAGGGGUUUCGUGAGGCACUAGGGUAUGCAGACCUUUUGGACUUAGGGUUUAGUGGUACCAAGUCUACCUGGUGGAACGCUGAUACAAAGCUUAGAUUAGAUAGGGCCGUGUGUACACCCUCAUGGUUUGAUAUAUUUGGGUAUGCAAAGCUGGUGCAUCUACCUCCUAGCGACUCUGAUCAUAGUCCUAUUUUAUUGCAUGCCAGUACCAUUCCCUUACCUCAACGUACUCGGAUACAUAGGUUCAAAUUCGAAGCCUUUUGGCUUCAGCACCAUGAGUGCGACCCGCUAGUGAAGCAGGCUUGGCAUACUGACGUUACAGGUGUUCCUUUAUUUCGAGUUGCGACAAAGAUCAAGCACACUAGGAAUGCUCUUGAUAAGUGGCAGAAGGCUGCUUUUUGCGAACGCCAACAGAGUAUGUUGGGUAUACGGGCGAGGUUGGAAGAGUUACUGGACGCCAGGGUUGGCAAUGACAUUCAAGAAGAGAAGAAGGGGCUUAUGAAGCGUCGCCAAAAUCUUCUUUCACAAGAAGAAGUUUUCUGGAAGCAAAGAUCAAAGAUUACGUGGCUUCGGGAAGGAGACAGGAAUACCGGCUUCUUCCAUAGGAAGGUAUCGAAUAGGAGAAGGAAGAAUCUUAUCAAGGGCCUGUUUGAUGACGAUGGUGAGUGGAAGGAAGAUGAUGCAGGUUUGGAAAAGGUUGUUUCAGAUUAUUUCCAAAAGAUGUUUACUGCUUCUGAACUAGAUUUGGAGGCUCUGGCUACUACUCUUUCGGCAAUCAAUCCUUGUGUGACUCCGGCAAUGAAUGCACAACUGUGUAGGCUGUAUUCUGGCGAGGAGAUAAAGUAUGCUCUUUUUUAG